CAAUAAUGAUAACCUCUCCAAGUUUUCAAGACCUCGUUUGAUGCCUGGAACCUUGCAGAUUUCUAAACGAAGACUUAAGACCCUUAAAAGGGACAAAUUAUUCUACAUGACCAGGUACUUUCUACAACUGCUCCAAAUUAAAACUUGUGAUUUGUUGGUUAUUAAGAAAAUCAUGGAUUAUUCUCCAAGAAUAAGUCUAGAGACUCAUGAAAAUCUACAGGAAUUUUACAAUGAGUAGAGUCGUUAUGGCAAUGCCUAAAUACCUACUUCAAUAGAUGGGAGGUAUUGAUAUCCCACAUGAAAAUAUCUUCUAUGCUAUCUUCCUGACCAUAGAAGCCUCUCAGCUCUGUUUCUUUCUUAAUUUCAUAUAUAGAUCAAAAUGGAAGUGCUCAGUAGUUAAGCCAAAGAAGAAGAUUAGUCUGGCAAAGAAUAGUCCAAAAUUUAAACUUUGAGGUGUCGUUAAGAAAUCUAAGAAAAAGGUGAAAACUUUAAAAAAUAUAAAGAACCGCUCGCGUACAAUCCCACUGAUGAAAUUCUCAACGCAAGAUAGCACUGACAAAAUAAACAGGAAGAUAUUUGAGUUUUGGGAGAUUCUCAAAACAUGCAAAAAUGCUCCCUCGAUACCUGUCUAUAACACUGAGUUCUGUAAGACAGUCGAUUAUGGAACUAGCAGCUUCAAAAGACCACUGACAGCAGGAUCAAAUUCCAGCAUCGAUUCUUCAGAGAUCAGGAAACACACUUGAAAAAUCGUUAAAGAUCAGGAUGUGCUCGCUAAGAAAUUUGGGCUCCAAGAAGACGCUGAUUUGUUUGAUCUCAGAGGAAGACCCAAAAUUCUUGAUUUCAUUGGGAAAGAUUACAGACCAAGAGCUCCAAGAAAUCUUUCUUCUAAGAAGAGUAAUAUAGAGGUUAAGAUAAAGUUCCUUGUCGCCAAACGCAAAGGAAGAUUUUGCUAA